AGUCCACCAGUCUUUGUGUGUUUGGGUAUUCUGUGUGUGUGUGUGUGUGUUUGUGUGUGUGCCAUAGGAGCAGAUAUUACUUCCAAAACUGUUCGUUUGUCAAGUUAAAAUGCAUCCAGUCAGAGUGUCGAUCCCGUCGUUUCGUUCGGAAAACAACUCAAUCGAGAAAGGAUACACGGUCUUUAGAAUUGACGUUCUGAUGAAUGGCAGACAACAUGCUGUUGAGAAACGCUACAGUGAAUUCCAUGCUUUGCAUAAAGUGCUAAAGAAGACCAUAAAGCCACCUGAGAUCCCUUCCAAACAUGUUAGAAACUGGGUCCCCAAAGUCCUGGAGCAGAGGCGGCAAGGUCUGGAGCUUUACUUGCAGACUAUAAUUAUGGAAAAUGGAGUUCUUCCAAAGAUAUUCCUGGAUUUCCUAAAUAUUCGCCAUUUUCCUUCAGUGCCAAAAACAGAAAGCUGUGGGUCGUUUGAUACAGAAUCAGAGGAAUCAAAUAAACUUUCACACCAGCCUAUCUUGCUGUUUCUGAGAGACCCCUACCUGCUGCCAUCAGCUCACGAUGCAUUUUCAAAUGUUGUGAUUGAGGGUGUAGUACAUGGAGUUUUCUACCCAGAUCUUCAACCAAGGUAGAGCUGCAGAGCCAAAUCUGAAGGCAUGUCAAUACAAACGGAUGCGUCAUGUGUUCACACCAUUUUAGGUGUGCAUUGGGAAGGAUGUGACAUGUUAAGAUACACUGAGCCUCAUUUAGAUUUACCAAACCAUAAAA